GCUGGCCUGUGUGGGUGGGAUUUCCUGUGCUGGAGGUCAGCUGUUCUCAAUCCCUCUUUCUCACUCCCUUUCUCUCUGUCUCGUCCCUUCUUUUUCCCCCCCGCUCCCUGCCUUGCCUCUGCAUUGGAGGGUCCUCGCAUCUUUCUCUCUCUCUCCCCCCCUCCCCUCCCUCCCCGGCGCCUCUUGGGUUGCAGUGCACAGUGAUGUGUUAACUACAGGAUGCCCAGCAGCACUGGAAAGAGGUUUAAACCUACUAAAUACAUCCCUGUCUCCACAGCAGCUGCCUUAUUAGUGGGUUCGACUACUUUAUUUUUUGUUUUCACGUGCCCCUGGUUAACAAGAGCCAUCUCCCCAGCCAUCCCUGUGUACAAUGGGCUCGUGUUCUUGUUCGUACUUGCAAACUUCAGCAUGGCAACUUUCAUGGACCCUGGAGUUUUUCCACGAGCAGAUGAAGAUGAGGAUAAAGAUGAUGACUUCCGAGCUCCACUCUACAAGAAUGUGGAGAUUAAAGGAAUCCAAGUACGGAUGAAAUGGUGUGCCACGUGCCAUUUCUAUCGCCCGCCCCGCUGCUCCCAUUGCAGCGUCUGUGACAACUGUGUUGAGGACUUUGACCAUCACUGCCCAUGGGUCAACAAUUGCAUAGGACGGAGGAACUACCGAUAUUUUUUCCUCUUCUUGCUGUCCUUAAGCACACACAUGGUUGGAGUGUUCAGCUUUGGGCUGAUCUAUAUUUUAAACCAUAUGGAAAAGCUGGGGGCAGCUCAUACCACCAUUACCAUGGCUGUCAUGUGUGUGGCUGGAUUGUUCUUUAUCCCAGUCAUUGGUCUCACAGGUUUCCAUAUUGUUCUGGUGGCACGAGGGCGUACAACCAAUGAGCAGGUGACGGGUAAGUUCCGUGGGGGGGUGAAUCCUUUCACUCGAGGAUGCUGUGGUAACGUGGAACAUGUGCUCUGCAGCCCUCUGGCUCCCAGGUACGUUGUUGAGCCAAAGAAAAAGCAGGCUGCAAGUGUGAAGCCUCCUUUCUUCAGACCAGAUCUUUCUGAGCGACAGAUCACAGUGAAGAUAAGUGACAAUGGGAUCCAAGCCAAUCUUCACCGAAGCAAGUCUAAAGUUAGCCUGGAAGGUCUGGAGGAUAAAACCAUGGACAUCCAGCCACCUCUGCCUCCCAAAGGAGAUCCAAGCAAGUACUCUGAACUAAAGGGGCAGCUGGGAACCAGUGAAGAGAGUGGUCUUUCACCUAAAUUGAUCAGUCCCCCCACUCCUGCCAUGUAUAAGUAUCGACCAGCUUUCAGCAACAAUCCCAAAGUCCACUACCAUGCUGCGGCUGAGCAGAUCACCAUGCAGGAGGGACACAAGCAAGGAGUUCUGAUCGAAGAGAACAACCAGAGCCUUGAUUAUCAAUCGGAGCCCAACCUGGACAUCCCGAACUACAGGAAGACCUCGCUUCACAAGACUUAUCAGUCCUCCCCACUCCAGACAGACUCCUUCGCCGUCAAUUCGCGAUCCCUGAGCUUGAAGUCCGCCAGCAGGAGAGGGACAGACAAAGUACCGCUUCAUCCAAUAAGAUCAGAAGGGGCUGCUUCCACCCCCUACAAAAGCAUCUUUUCCCCCAACUCCCUGUCAAACAGAAAUGGAAGUCUGUCUUAUGACAGUUUGCUCAACUCCAUGUCCCCCUCCGGGAGGAAAUGCAUAGCCCAUUCUGCUGUUGGCUCCGUCGGGUACCAUUCGCCAUAUUUGUCAGCCAAAAUGUGUCACCUCCGGGGGAGCGAGCUGCAACGCCAGGCUCCACAGAGUUUCAGCCCAGUGCUGGGGGGCCCAGCGCCGCACCAACGGGACCCCUCUCCCGUCCGUUACGACAACCUUUCGAAAACCAUCAUGGCAUCCAUCCAGGAGAGGAAAGAAAUGGAAGAAAGGGAGAAGCUCCUCCUCUCACACCCGGAUUCAGUGUUGGCAGACUCGGGUGUGUAUGACACCCCUAGCUCUUACAGCCUUCAGCAAGUCAGCGCGCUGUCUGAAGACCCUCGCAGCAUGGUGAUGAGAUAUGGCUCCAGAGACAAUUUGAUGACUGCGACCAGUUUUAGCACAAGGAACCCUAUACUCCAGUCCUCAGUGUCUUCCCUCUCAAGUGCAAUGGCCAGGGCACCAAGGACUUCCACAACUUCCCUUCAAGCCGAUUUAGCCAAUAACAAUGUCCAGUCCCAUCAGGCACUACAGGGCAGGGUGAGCAAUGGCUCCUACAAGUCACCAGGCCAUCAGGUCCCAUCAUCCCCUACAGGGAUGCCUAGGUCACCCUCUUACGGUCCGAAGGCUGUCUCAUUUGUUAACACUGUGGAAAUAACGGAGGUGCAAUCUGUGGGAGCACAAAGGGAGGACAUGCAGUUGAAGACACCUCAUAGUAAAAUAAAUGGACAGCCAAAAGGAAUUUCCAGGGCAGAUUGUCGACUGGGUUCAACGUCAAGUUCCCAGGGGGCCCCGGUCAGUCCUGCUAGACACUCAAACGUUAAGAAGGUGUCUGGCGUUGGUGGAACAACCUAUGAAAUUUCAGUGUAAAAUAAAAAGAAAUUUAAAAUAAAGAGCCAUCCAUUAAGCCAGCCAUGAAGCUAGGUGCACUGUGAAGACUCAAACAACGUCAACCACAAAAGGAGCAGCAGCUGCCAGUGUCCGUUUUUGUUUUUUUUUCUGUCUGUUUGUUUUCAUCUUUCUCUUUUGGCCAAAAAAGAGCUGCAGCCUUAUUCUUGUGGAAAUAAAAUUGUACAGUCCAUCAGAAACUGUCUCGAACUGACUGCGGAAACUGGCUACCACCUAGCACCACAACCAUAGAGAUUAUUUCUUUCAUGAAAGAGAGCGAAAAAGCCAUUGUGUAUUUGUCUGUCAAACAAAACUGUCGUGUAGAAGUUGUGCUGUGAUGAAGAAUUAAUCUGGGGUCAUGUUUUUCCUCACCACGAGUUUUCUGGCCAGCAAAAUCUCGGGACGAGCCACUGGCCUGACUGCUGUUUUCUUACAGACAUGGAGACCAGACUCCCUGUUUGCAGUCUGUGUGUAUGAGAACUACCAUUUGUCCCCAAAGCAUUGUCGGUGUUAUUCCUCUUGCUUUAAAGGAACCAGGCAGGGCGCAGUGGCCCUCAAGCAUCAUGUAGUGUUUUAAAGUCUCUCUCUCUCUCUCUCUUUCUCUCUCUCUCUCUCCCCACCCCCACCACUUGCUCUGGGUGGGAGGGGAGAAAGAAUAGCAGCAGCUUCUCACUGUCCACGAGUCGCCUCCCUAUGUGUGAAAUUCUGUGUGUGUCCAUUUGUGUCUUAUGGAAUCGGACUGCCACAUAAGUAAGGAUUUUUCAUUCCUCCCUGUUACUCCCCCUCCCUCUGUUUUUAAAGGCUUCUGACUCUGAAAAACAAGCCUCUAAGACAUAAAAAAAUUCAGAUGGGAAACUAUCUCUCUCCUCCUUUUUGUUUAUGGGAUGUAUGCAGUAACAUGGUUUAUUGUCUUGCAGUGGUGCAGUGUGUAUAAUCUUAGAGGAAAGUUAUCAUGAUCAUGAGUUGAGUUUUGCAGUGUGUGUGUGACUGAGCCAAGCACAUACCUAGAGGAUAUAAAUUUGCCACCUGCCUAAUGAGCACCAGCCCUCAGUAUUGCUGGGCAGAAAGUUUUUUCCAGUCAGUAACUUUUUUCAAUAUCAGUUAUGUCCAUUUAGUUCUCUGGGCUUUCCUCCUUCUCCUGCCCUCACAAAGCUAUGUUUACCUUGUUGGAUUUUGAGGCAGCAUUAUUUUAAGAACCAAAAAAGAGCCAGGCAGAUAGCGUAUGGAAUCUCUGCCUUCUGACUGGCCCUUCAGAGGUAAAUAGGUUUUGCUGGACAUCUAAAUUCAUCUCCCCUUCAGGAUGUUGGCUUCAAAGGGAGUAAUGUUUUCUCUGCAUGCCAUGCUGAAAAUGGAGAGAUCUCCAGAUAUUUGAUAGUUAGAAUUUAUGUAACAAUACAUAAACACUAAGAUUUAUUGUACAUUGAGGAAAAUACUGACCUCAGCUUUGCCUUAGUUAACAUUUGCCUCAUGAUUCAGUAAAUUUUGACAGCCACCUCAAUAUCUGCUUAUUAUGUCCCUUGUAUAUCACAUCUCUUUUUGAGAGGUUGGAUAGAAAUGUAUGGGGUUAAUCAUGCUUCUGAGUAACGGUCUUGGCUUGAACCAGAUCAUCUGAAGAGAGAAAUUUGGAAAUUAACAUAGCGGAAAUAGACCUAAAGUAAUAGUGGACAGCAAACUAGAUACAAGCUUGCAGUGCAGUAUGACAGCAAAAAGGCUCAGUGACAUUUUGAACUGCAUACACAGAGGUAUCAGAGAGCAGAGAAGUAAUAGUCCCUCUAUAUAGGUUUGGUAUAAUUUUAUCUAGAGUAUUGUCAUUAGUUACAGGCACUUUAUUGCCAGAACGAUACUGGGCAAAAACGAUACUGACAAAUUGGAUCAAGUUCAGAGGGGAACAACAGAUAUAAACAGAAAGCUGGAGAGGCUGAUUUAUAAAAAGAUUAAGAGGUAAAAAUAUGUAAUUAAUUGACUGAGCAAUGAUUAAGGGAAGGAGGUAUGAUAAGCUUACAGAUAUGGAAUUUAAAGAAUGUAGUCCCAAAGGUGAUACAAGGGGUUAUCACUGGUAGCAAAUGGCAUAUAUUUAAAAGGAAAAACAUUAAGCUAAUAGUAGGGGAAGGGGUUGUGGAAUAGUCUUUUAGUAGGAAGCCUGACCAGUUAGAACAUUUAAACUAAAUUGGACAAAGUAUUAGAAAACCUUCUACAGGGAGCAAUUGUGUACUGGCAAGGGGCUGGUCUAGAUGGCCUUAUAGUUCUCUUCCAUCUUUAAUUUCUACUCAUCUGCAAUUCCAGCACAAAUUUAACUCCUUGAGGGGUGAAAUUCAUCUCUGUGGAGAGAGUUGCACAAGGUCUGUGCAUCACUUAAGUACCACUUAAUGUCACACUUAAGCCAUCAAAACAGGGGUUAAAUGGAACAUAGACCUUGUAUUGGCAGUCUGUACAGGGGCAGAUUAUAUCACCCUGAGUGAUUAUAAAACCAAGCCAUCCAAGUGAGGCUUUUAUAUUGCACCAAUGUAGCUUUUAAAAUAUGCAUCCCAUGGCACUACACUUUGAACAUACUUUACGAUGUUAGAAAAGAAAAAUCCACAUAUUUUAAGGGCAAAUAGGUCUUUGAAAUUACUACAUAAGCUCCUGAGCAAGAAUGGCUCAAUAAGACUAAACACAGUACUAUAUGUGUAAACCUUUCAAACACUUAUAGCCAGGGUUAUUUAGCUAUAACUCAUGUGGAGAGAGGAAGACAAAUGAUUGCAUUGGGCAUACAAAUAAUUAGGUUAAGGUGCAGUUCUAUAUACUUUUUCUGAAGGUGGUUUAACUAGAGUUAAGACUCAUCUGGCACAUUAAUAGGCUUAUGAUGGUACUAAAAUUCUUUUUUGAAGUUUGCAUAAUAGAGUAAUGUGAAUGACCUGGAGAUGGAAGUAAAUUUUUCAACUCUUCCUGGAAGUAAUAAUCUAAGAAAUAAUCUGAGAUUGCACUCAGUAAAUUCAGCCCCAUUCCCAUCUAAAGCCCCAGUCCUGCAAUUGGAGCCACAUGAGCACAAGCAUCUGCUUGCAUAGUUCCUAUUGGAUGAGUGGGGAUCUACUCAUUAGCAAAACUGCUGUUGACUUUGGGAGCAAGAUCUGGCCCAUGUUAUUUUUUCAAACUUUCCAAAAUUACAGUUCUUUAAGCAUUUACAAAUUAUCAAUGAUGUGCUAUUUUUACUCACAUAGUCCUUCAGUGUUUAUAGACAGUAAGGCCCAGAACUUCAGAUGGUGUGAUUUGGUGUAGCGCUCUUUAUGUUGGAUAGAGCUACGCCAAUUUACAUUAAUUGAGGAUCUGAUCCCCUGGAUCAUAACAGAAGAUCCACUGCAGGUUAAUAUAUUUUUAAAGUAGCCUCUUGUUUUGUCUUUCUUAAUUUGUGCUUCAAAAGUCUUAAAUCUUUUUAAUAUGUUUUUAUUUUUAGCAGUAGAUUGUAUAUUAUGCCUAUUUCUUAUUUAAGAAACAUCAAGUUUUCAUUGCAAAUCCCAUUUUAUUAGCAUCAUUUCACUGUUCAUUCAUUCCAGUUUAACACCCCAGUUUCAUUUUAGUACAGUGUAUCCUGAGAGCUGUAGCUUUAAUUAACUGUAUAAUAAAUAGAGUAACAUGAUAUUAAAUGAACCUUACUCCCUGAAUGGGUGAGAGAGGAGAUGUUUUUACUUGAAGCCUUACAAUUUUUCUUUUUUUUUUUUUUUACUUCUUUGUGUGUUGACUUAAUAGGAAAACCUGCAUAGCAAUGAAUUUGAAACGGUGGGCUAAAUUCUGCUCUGACUUACAACUGUCAUUUGGCUCUGUAUGUUGAAAACUGGAUGCAGAAGUACCUGAGUGAGCAAAAAUGUUGUGUUGUCUGAAGGGGAAAAAAACCUCAGGGUUCUAUAUUUUCAUGCAGCUGGGUAAUAAAGUUUCAGAGAAGUGCAGCUUGUGAGUAAGUAUAUUAAAGAAAUCUCUACCUUGCAUUAUUGUGGGAGGCUAUCACAGGAAGCACACAGUCAGCACAUGUUUGUAUUUACUUUUUAAAUUAAAUAAAACCCAAAUUCAAUCAUUUCUCUUGGUUAACCUCAGCUGUAAGAGUUACCCAGACCUAUGUUUUAAUGUCAAAAAUCUGAUAUGUGGCAAAUGAACUGUUUGUCUUGCUGUUUUGAAAGUGGAACCCAAGCAUUAUCUGAAUUUUGCCUAAGAUAAUUGCAUCAUGAAUACUAUAAGGAAGCCUCUUCAGAAGAUGGCUGCACUCCUAUAAAGCUUAAAUGAUGUGGAAAUUGCAAUGCAGUUGUCUUUGUACUAUACCUCUAGUCCAGCCUAGAGAUAUAUAUUUGAAGAGGGAAGGGUCGGGAGGGUCAAUGUUGCUGUCUGUAGACAGUUUGGGAUGUUUAUGUUGACAUGUUUUUACGGUCUAUGUUGCACCUGUUCUGCCACCUUGAAUUGUUGGAAUGUAUCUGUGCAGGCUUUGUGGAGCUCUGUCUAUAAAACAUUUUUUGGCUCUGGUAAUACAUAUAUGGAUAGAUAGAUAUAGAUAUAUUUAAAUGCUUGAGUUACUUUGGUAUUUUAAGGUGUCAAGUUUUCCUGGUGUUUCUGCAUCAGACUGUAUAGCUUCAGUAUUGUCUAGAAGGCUCAUAUGUUCUUUCUGCCCCUUUUCUGAGGCCUUGUUAAUAUUCCAUUGAUUACAUCACAUUCCAUGGGCGAAAUCCUAAGUGGCCUUCAGCUCCCCCUGACUACACUGAGCGUUGCAGAUACUCAGCACCGUCCAUGGGCUGGCCUCCAUGUAUGUGUAAAACGUAGAAGUGUGUGAAAUGUGGUAGUCUUGCGUGGAACAAAGGUCAAUCUGGAUGCAAAAACCUCCGGUGGUAAAACACAAAGGAAACUAAUUGUAUCUUAAAUACCUUCUUCCAGAUGCCUAAAAGAGGGUGGAAAACAAGAUGAGAUGACUCCUUAUCGUAAUCUCUGAAGGCACUAGUAUUGCCAAUGAUUAACUGUGCUAUCCAGGACAGCAGGAUGUGUACAUCUGACAGAUAGCCAAAUUCCAGUCUGUCUAACCAUCUCUAUCAACCCGUUUGUUUCUAGUCUGUGUCAAUAUGCCAGUUAGGUCUGUGCUACUAGUUUAUAGUUGAUACAGUUGCCAAACCCUCCUAAGAGCAGCUGCUGUGGGAUCUUAGAAGCCGUAAUGUGCUGUAUGGUGACACUGAGAGAGGAUUCAUUCAUGAAGGGUGUUCAUUGUAAAUGCUUGUCAUGCUUGUGUUCUGGAGUCUCUUUGAAUGAUAAAGAUUAGGCUAUAUAUAUAUAAUGAUCAGAUCCUCAGCUGUUGUAAAUCAGCAUCGCUCCAUUGACUUCAGUUGAGUCAAAUAGCUGAGGGUCUGGCCCACUAUAUUUUAGAUAAAAUCAUUCCAGCUUAUUCAGAUGUUUUCUAUAAGACACAGCUAAAUUUACUAAGUUAGCAUUAAUUUCUCUGAUUUCUUUUUAGAGUCCUGUGGGUUCAAGUUUCGGCUCACUUUUAAAACUAGAGACGAGAACGUAAUAUUUGAAACAAGGAGAGACACAGAUGGGAACUACUUGUGCAGGUGAAAAUAGCUUUUAGGGGAAGAACAAUUAUAUACUAAGUGGAUUUGAAUUACUGUCAAAAUAAUUUUUGUUCGUCUUAUCACAAUAACUGGAGUUUUUAAAGAAGACAUCUCACAGCUCGUGAACCUGUAUCAUCGAAACAUUUCAGAAAUGUCUCGGUUAGACAUUUCAAACUAUAUGGUGAAAUAUGAUCUACUUCCAUAGUUAAAAAGAAUUCUAAAGAACCGAUGGUACAUUUGACUGUGCCUUAUAAAGAUAUAUGAUAUGUGUAUAUAUAUCUAUAUAAUAUAUACAUAAGUGUGUACAUAUAUUCAGAGAAAACUGGUUACAGAUCUGCUCAUCUGGUAUAUUUUAAAAGUGCAACUGAUGUUUGUUUACAGAAACAAAAUCAGGGGCUGUGUCAGCUGCAAUAUAUAUACCAAAAAUAUUUGUUGAAAUACAAGCUGAAAAUACAAUAGAAGAUUAGAUCAGAGACAGCAUCUCUGCCAAAGGAUUCUCUUGAAGGCUCUGAAAAAGUAAAAUCAAGUAGGUGGCAGAGCAAGUUAAGGCUCUUUUGAGGAACAUUUAAAAAGAGGGGUGGUUAUGAAGACUUGCGGAAAACCGGUGUUAUUAUCUUAGACCUUGUCCUUCAGGUUAGUUCCAUAUAUUUAUUUUCACUGGUACACCCUCCUAUUGCCCUAUAUCUUAUGUAUUCACCUUCUUUCAAAGCCACUGUAGAAAGCAGGAUACAGGACGUGAUGAUCUUGCUGUGGUAAAUCCUUUGUUCCAGUUCUGUUCUAUGCAUGUCUCCAUAUCCCCAAGUGUGUGCAAUAUGGCUGUCUUAGUAUAUGAUGUCUAUUAGCAUACUUCCUGGACCUGGAUCUACAAAGAGGGGAAACAUGCCUGGUGCUCAAAGGAAUAAAGCAGGGUGAGUGUGGAAGGGUGAGUUGCAUUUCCUAAAAGAGGGUGAGAGGACAGAAAAAUGGAAGUAAUUCCUCAAACAAAGCAGACUUGGAAAAGCUGGCUCAUGUACAGCAGUAAGACACCUUGUGUUUCAUUGACCUUGACAGCAUUUCAUUAGUCCUUUCAUGUGAGCAAACUGACCUCAAACAAUUUCUUCCUCAAUAGACACACAGCCAUACCCAUGUACUCAGCUAUGGCUUUUGCACAUUUUUGGACAUUAGAUCUUGUUUCAGCAUGAAAUAAGUGAGUCUAGGUAUAAAUGAUUCACCCUCUCUGGUGAUUGUAAAGAAGAACUUACAUUAUCCAUAUUGCAAAAAGAAAAGGAGUACUUGUGGCACCUUAGAGACUAACCAAUUUAUUUGAGCAUAAGCUUUCGUGAGCUACAGCUCACUUCACAAGUCCUCCUUUUCUUUUUGUGAAUACAGACUAACACGGCUGUUACUCUGAAACCUGUCAUUAUCCAUAUUAUCUUUCCCCUACACUUUCUUUCCCUCACACUAUCUCAUGCCAUGUAGCUAUCCUGUUACAUUUCGUUCACAUUCAUUCCUUUUGGUGGAUCCUUCAGACACUUGUACCAUAGAACUGGGGUUCUCUAUUGCUCUUCUUCAACAGUAACUGUUUGUGGGAAUUUAAGAGGAUUAACGCUAGCUGUCCUCCAUGUAUUAGAUCUAGUGUGUAGGUCCACUCCCGGAAUAUCUGGCCUCAGCAACAAUAGCAGAUGUGGAAAUACUGGCUGUCUGGUCAACAUGAACAUAAUCAGCAUCUGCAGAUAUUCCACCUAUCCAUUCCUCAUUAAUCAAAGUUGCUCAGGACUUCUUGUGCACAACCCUUUAAGUGGAGGCACCCAGUUUGUGGUCCAGUGCUAUCGCAGAAGAGUAUGUUAUGAUUUAUGGGCCAGAUUCUGCUCCGUUCCUGGGCCUUCCAAUAGUCAAACAGAAUCUGAAAACUCCUUAUGGGAGAAGAGAAGUACAGCCAACACAAAAGUUCAAAAAUUGCUGUUUUGUUCUUUCUUUUUCUCUGCAUUCUUCUCUUGCGCAUUCAAGGCACAUCUGGGUCAUAUUGUCAAGCUUUUCUUCACAACCAUAAGGACUUUAUUGUUUUAAAGUGAAAGCAGUGAUUCUCACAUAAUCAUGACUCCGGGAGCUGGGGUUUUAAGCCAAAUAUCAAAAAUUCUGAGACUUGCCAUAAAAUCCUGAGAGUUGGCAACACUGUAAUGUAAUUUCCUAACAAACAUCUAAGGGGAGCCCUAUUUGCAAAGUGGCUGUUCACAGAGGCUGUCUCACCACAGCAUUAUGGUCGUGUGACUCUAUAGAGUUACACUGGUGUAAAACUGGGGUAACAUAGUGAACUAGAGCCCCAUAGCCAUCUCCAUGUUCUGACUAGCAAAACUCGUGUCUCAAAAUUAAUCCUUUGGCAAUUCUCCUGCAUUUGUUUGUUUGAAAAAAUAAUAUAGUUACUUUCCUGCCUACCCUGACCAAGAAACCAUCUGAUGGUAUGAUAUGGAUUUUGUUGGCUAGUGUAUGCCCCAAAUUUGGGACUUUCAAAGCCAGAUUAUGUGAAUUGGACGUCCAGUCCCUGUUGACAGCUUUGAAAGUCCCAGCUUAAAUUUAAGCUUCGUUGAGACAAACAAAGGUAAUAUUCGUGCUGUCUUUAGAAUUCCAGCCAAAACAACUUCUUGCUUGGAUUUCAACAUUGUCUUGCAAUCCUUGUGCCAGCGCAUGAGAACUAGAUGAAGAAACUGACUGGAAACAAAAAUGAAAUUGUCCCAUCUGUUUUCACUCUGAGAUCUGUUCGGAGUGCAGAAAGCAAGCAAAGAGUAAAAAAUUGACUAGAUUUCUUAAAUUAUUUCAGUUUUAAAUGAUCUAAAGUAUCAUUGUUAAUUACUUAAGUAAGACAUUUUGUAUUUUAAAAAUUUCCCCUUUGCAAAAAACCAAAACCAAAAACCAUCCACCUUACAAACGUAAAUGGUUUAAAAGCCUUUCUUCUAAGAAGGGUAUGUAGGUUACCAGCCAUGUAAAAUCCUCAGGACCCUAUUGAAAUUUCCAAGGUUUAUUUAAUCUCUUAAAAAUCUCACCACUCCGUAUCAAUGCUCACUUACUGGCAUGUUUUUUGCUCCAUGGGGUCAAGAGUACCAUUCUGAGGAUGCACUUAAGCUAUUGCCUGGACUUGAUGCCUGCUGGGAAAACUUUCAGUGAGAUAGUUUAGGGAAAAGAUUAAAAGAAUAUACCGGGUUUGCCUUGGAAAAGUUGAUGCCUGAGUAAGAGAUUAAGGAAAAGUUAGGCUGUCAUCUGAGGAAUGUAUCGCUUUGUAAUUACUGUCCAUGUUUUGGAACCAAAGUGUCCUUAAGUGAGUGUGUAUUGAGCCACAGCUGCACACAUGGUCCUCAACGGAGCCUGACUCUAGGGCUUUUCACACCAGAACCCCAGCCUUGGCCACCUGAGAUAAACAAGUAACUCUCUUAGAUAUGGCAUGAGAGAGUACCUGUUUCCAGAGAGACAUGAUACCACAUAUUAAGCCAGUGAAUUACAUGUGCACAGCUCCCAAUGAAGUGGUGAAAUCCUGACCCCAUUAAAGUGCAUGAGUUUUGCCAUUGACUUCAGUGGAUCUUGGAUUUCACCCAAUGUGUAAUUCUUAAGUGGCACCUUUAGGACAUAAGUUAUCUAACAUUAGAACAACAUUUAGGGCUCCUAAUUAGAACUGGUCAAAAAUGUUCAAUAAUUUUCAACAAACAAAGGGCAUUUUUUUGUGAAAACUUUCACCAAUAUUUCCCCAUUUUUUGACGAGCUGUACUUCUAAUGGUCCUGCUGCAGCCCUCCCACAAAGCCUGUGUAAAAGGGCUCUAUACAGGGGAUCUAAAAGGGCCUGGGAUGAGGAAGAAAUCCUUCAUCCACAAGCUAAGGUUUUGGUAAUGGAGCAGCUAAGCAGUACUCAGCUGUCUUCCUGCAUCCACUUCCAUGGGAAAUUUAUACCUGUGGAUCAUGGGCCAUGGCUGAUAGGUCAGUUCCCGUACCAUGUCCCCAGACCACCUGCACUGUAGCAGAGAAGCACUGUGCCUAUGGAGGUGAAUAGAUUCCGUGUGGUUCACAUACACUGGAACCAGAGCAGUUUCACUGUGUUGAAAGACUCCUUCACCCAUUUUAGAAGAGUGACAGCAUAUGGUCCUAAGUUACUGAAUGUCUUCAAAAUGCUUCAGGAUCCUUGGAUGAGCGGCACUAGGGGAUCACAAUUUAAUAUGAUAACUUCUAUUAUGGCAGACAAUGCCCACAAUAAUAAUGAAAAACACCGGUGUUGGAGGGAAUAAAUGUUGUCCUGAUUGUUCGUCUUGUGAGAUCACACAUUAAAUGAGUUCAUGCUACCAACAAAAAAUCCUUCCAAAUAUCUCUAUCCUUUUGCUUUUAUUUGUUUGUUUUGUUUUAAAGCUCUGGAGAAGGCAUUUGAUACAAGAUUUUUGAUACAAGUUAGUGGUCUGAUCCUGCUGCUUUAGUCAGGAAAAACUCCCAUUGCUAUCAAUGCAACAUCUGAGUAAAUUCAAUGAAUUUCCUUGUGGGCUCAGUCCUGCAACCCUUACACUGCUAGUCCAGUUGGUCUCAGGAUCAGCCCCUAACUGUCUCAGUGAAAGAUGUCUGCAAGUAUAGAUUUUAAAAUAGGGAAGCAAAUGCUUGUAAAUAGAUGGGUUAGGGUAUGAACUGAGUGAUUUUUCAGAAAAGUUUUAUAACAAAAUGCAAACAUUCAGAUUACUUCCAUGGAGUUGGUCACAAUCUAAUGUACAUUAGAUAACAAAAUGUGCAAAUUUUGCACAGGUAUUUUAAUGGCAUUUUCCCAGCAUUAAGCUUUAAGAUUUGCAGAAACCAGAUAUAGUAGUUGUGUGGUCAAUGUGAAGGGUGAUCUGGUGGGUAAGGCACUGGGAUGGGCUUCAGGGGAACCGGGUUCAGUUCCUGGCUCAACCACAGAUUUUUUAUUUGACUCUGGGCACAUCAGUUAAUCUCUCUGUGCCUCGGAUCCCCCUGUGUCAAAUGGGUCCCCUUGUGUCAAAUGGGGGAUACUGUCUCUUGACCUCACAAGGGUGUUGUGAAUCUCUGCCAGGGCUCAGAUCCUAUAGUGAUGAGGAUUAGAUAGAGACACCCCAUAGGUAUCCAGGAGCAAUUCGGUAGCUGUGUGCAUUUUCAGCUCCACGCUAAAAACUUUAGCAUCUUUUUAAAUCACUGCUUUGGUGAUGGAGUUUUGAGGCUGGUUGUCUGAUGGAUGUUGUUUAUGGGAAUCUAGGUCUCAAACACUGACUUCGAAAGACCAGUUUAGCACAGAUCCAUAACAACUUUCUGCUUGAUUCUUUCUUUGACUUUUUGAAUAUUUCCUUAUAAUGUUUAUCCCGCUGCCAAUAAUACCUGCUUUACAGUGUCCUGUUUAUUCCAAAAGGGCAUAUGCAUGACUGUCUUAAGCAAUUUAGCUCUCCUUUCCCUGCUUAUUGGGAUGGUUGUGCAUAUAAUUUAUUUUUUCAAACAAUGAGCAGAAAUACAAUAGAAUAAACUGCGGUAGAUUGAGUGGCCUUAGAAAGAAGAUACUACAUCUGACUGAACUGUGGGUUUGCAGCGCAGAAUACAGAGUGGUAGUGGGCUUUUGGAGCCGCUGCCAAGGCCCGCGUUGCUGAGGAAAUACAACUUUUUCUAUUUUUUCUUGAGAGCUAAAAAGCUACUAUGUUGCCAUGACAAAAACGUUAUUACUUCCUGUCUUUUUGUGUCCAUUUUAAUGUUGUACAGAAAUACAUAAAAUAUAUACCUAAUGCCCAGUAUUCAUAGCACAUGAAGGAUAUCAAAGAAGGAAUAAAAUCAUAUAUUGGUGUACAAAACAUAUCCAUUGCUAAGAUGAUCCUUUCUGCAGGACCCUGUUUUUAAUCAUAAUUUGAAAGUGGUUGGGAGGGUUAGAAAUAAUAACUGUUUGGGAUGUUUAAGAUAUGAAAACACACCCUGCUUUUAAGGGCUAGUUGGUUAGGUGUGUGUGUGUGAGAGAGAGUGUGUGUAAAUACAAUUUGCAUGAGUUUAUUUAAAUGUAAAGGCAAAAUAAAUAUAUUUAUUUUCACUUGUAUUAAAGCACAGAAUGGCUGCAUUUUUCAAAACCUGUAACCCUAAGGAAGAAAAUAUACCAUGGUAAUUUACUGUAUUUCUCCCUCAUUUUUUUUACCGAAUUUAUAAUACUGUUCUCUCUGGUAUUUUGCUUUUCAUUUAAUUUCCAAAAUAAAUUUUUUCUUGUGUUUUAUCUA